AAAAAUGUCCGAUGUAAAUGGUAAAAAAAUGGUUCAAAAAAGUAUGAAAAGUGAAGUGAAAACUGAAGUGAAAAGUGACCAACAUAAAUCUUUCAAUCCCGUUUUCACAUCGCCCUUUUGCAUGGAAAGAAUUUUAGAGAAAAAAAGUAAAAAGUCAACACCAACACCUCCACCUAAACCGAUGACACCAUUAAGCCCCUCGAUAUCACCAGCACAAUCACCUGUUCAUUUACCUCAUCAACAUCACCAUCCUUGGCUCAAGCCUUUUGCAUUUACAUCUUUCUGUGAACCUCCAGCAAUCAAAUGUCAAUUAAGGAAACACAAGAGUAAUCGAAAGCCGAGAACGCCCUUUACUACUCAACAGUUACUAGCACUGGAAAGAAAGUUUCAGUCGAAACAGUAUUUAUCAAUCGCCGAAAGAGCAGACUUUUCAACAUCUUUAAACUUAACGGAAACUCAGGUUAAAAUUUGGUUUCAAAAUAGAAGGGCCAAGGAAAAGAGAUUAAAAGAUGCCGAAGUGGAAAAGUUCAAUUUCACUCGAAGUGUGCCCUUUUCCACCUUUGGUUUACAAUUUUAUCCCGCAUUCCAUCAACACCAAUCACCUACGCCAGCUCACAUCGCUAAACUUGUUUAUCCAACGCAAUUGAUUAACCGAUAAAUUAACGUAAUAACUAUUAAUAAAUAAAUCAUUAACUUUUCAUUUUUUGUUAA